AUGCCAGAUAGUAAAGGACGAGAGGAAAGAGGAGGUGGAGGCGGGUGUUUGCAUGGAAAGUGGAGGCUGAGGAAGGAGGCAGGCCGUUCAGCUAUCCCAGCACUUUUCACCAUCACUGAGGAGGAGGAGGGACAGAGACGGAGAAGCUGCAAGAGAAGGAAAAGAGCAUCGUACUCCCAGUAUAAGUCGGAAGAUGGCACAGUGUCUUCAGCCACCCGCCCCGGCUCUGCUGGCUCUGGGCAGACCUACACUCCCAUGACCCCCACACCCACUCCAACCCCUAGUCGCACCACCACCAGCAACAGCCCCAGUAAUAAUGCUGCCAUCAAAGCAGACUCAUUGCUCUUCAACAAAAUUGACGAGAGACUAAGGCUGGCCCGUGAGCGCCGGGAGGAGCAUGAGAAACAGAAUGCUGCCAAGGAGGCCCAGUGGCAGGCCCGUGAGGAACGAGCCAGGCAGCACUAUGAGAAACACCUGGAGGAGAGAAGGAAAAAGCUGGAGGAGCAGCGGGUAAAGGAGGAAAAGAGACGGGCUGCUGUGGAGGAGAAACGACGGCAAAAAAUGGAGGAGGACAGGGUUCGUCACGAGGCAGUGAUGCGCCGGACGCUGGAGAAGAGCCAGAAAACCAGGCAGAAGGCCAACCGCUGGUCUUGGGGAGGAACUCUGCACACAAACACUCCCUGCACACCAGCUGGUUUUGUCGAGUCAGCUUUCCUCUAUCCACUCGACCUUGCUGGACUGGAGCACAUGCAGAGUGCUUUCAGUCUCUACUACAGAUACGGAAUGACGUCCCAAUAUGCUGACAGACGGUCAGUGUCCACAAUGAAUUUAUCCAAGCAUACAGACCCUGUCAUUACCAAGCGCCUCUCUUCCUCCUCUGCCACACUUCUGCACUCACCAGACCGAGGCUUACAGAUGCGAACAGCCUCCACCCCUGUCAUAAGCAAAGCUCAGUCCAAACCCCGCCUACAUCAGGGAAAGACCAUCCAACAGAAAAACACAGGACUGCGCCGGCUUCCACUGACGCCAUGGGAGAGCAAUGUGGUGAACCGCCUGCAGCAGCCAACACACUCCUACCUGGCCCGCAGCCGCAGUGCAGUGAGUCUGUCAGGAGAGCAAUCAGCCAUGCCUGUGUGUCCUCGCUCAGUGUCCUGCCACCCCAUGGGCUCAAUGUCCUUCAAGGCCCUGCAGGCACAGCCACUGCCUCACUGUCGCAGCCAGGAGAGGAGCCUCAGCAGGGACACGGCUUCCUCGUCUUCCAACACCCCACGUAGGAGGACAACUGGAACAAUACAGCGGCAAAAAGACCGUGACAAUGUCAGGAAGUCAUGGAGCAACCUGACACUUCCACUUGCUCCUGUUCUGACAUUGCCCCCAAGCAAGCGCUCCUCUUCCCCUCCCAAGAAGAACAGUAAAGUCACAGCACCCUCUCCUGGCAGACCUCCGCAGAAGGCACUGGGGCGCCCCCCAACCCCCAAGUUACUAAAGUCUCCAGGGACCGAAGACCCAGGAAACCUUCGUCCUAUCAGGAUCACACCUGAGAGUUCGCAUUCUUCAACGCCCACCAGAGGCCAAGGGGAGGAGGAUGAGCAGGUCCUCAGCCCUCCUCAGCCUCGACCUCAGCCACUGGGUCAGAACAAGACCUCAAAUGAGAAAGCAGCAGCAAUACCCGCAGCAGCCAGUGAGAGCAUAAGCAGUCCACCAGCCCACAAGCCUUCAGCGGGCACUACAGAUCCAGAGGAGGCGAGUCGUAUCCUGGCAGAGAAACGACGGCUGGCCCGCGAGCAGAAAGAGAGGGAGGAAGAGGAGCGUAGGCAACAAGAGGAGCAGGCAAGAUUAGCGAAGGAGGAGUUGGCUCGCCGGAAGGCGGAAGAGAGAGCAAGGAGAGAAGAGGAGGCUCGGCGCCAGGCCGAGGAGAAGAGGAGGAAGGAGGAGGAAGAGGAGAGAAAGGCAGAGGAAGAGAGACUUCAGAAAGAGAGAGAGGAGGCAGAGAGACUACAGAAACAGAAAGAGGAGGAAGAGGCUCGACAGAGAGAGGAGGUGGAGCGGCUGAGGCAGGAGAGAGAGAGGCACUUCCAGAAAGAGGAGGCUGAACGCCUGGAAAGAAAGAAGCGUCUUGAGGAGAUCAUGAAGAGAACACGGCGUUCAGACCAAACAGAAAAGAAAGUCAGAAAUGGAAAAAAUGCAGUGAGCCCGGCCUCUCCUGCGCCAUCUGCAGUGACCGAGAUGCUGACACACAAUAGUAACGGCAGCUUAAGCCAACCAGAUCCUGCCCCAAAGCCCAGCACUGCAGCACUGAGCCAUCCUGACCAGAGGGAGAACGGGGAGUUUGAAGAGGUGCUUGUACUGCCUUCACAUUCCAGGUUGUCUCCUCCUGAAGGAGAGGAGCAGCAGCAGGAGGAGAGAGCUCCUGUAGUAGCCUUCUCAGAGAAUGGACUAUUAAAACCUCUGAGCCGAGUAGAGGAUCUAUCAGCCCAGCAGGGACCAGAUGUUGCCUGAUGUGUGAUGAUUCCACACACAGACAGGAAGAAAGGUCAGAGGGGUGGAGAAACGCAGAGCUGUUGGACUAAAUCAGUAGGAUGUCUCUCAGCACCAGAUUCUUAAUUUCUCCCUCUCCCAUGACAGACGAGUACUACUCCCUCAGCUGGGGUCUCCAAACAUCUUGCAAAGGCAUCACUCUUCCCUCAUCGUGAUCUCUGUGGGGGCGAAGCUCGUCUCUGUAUCUGACCAUGACCACACCUGGUCAUCAUGUUUGUUCUGCCUAUAGCCACAGGUAUCACUGAUUAAGUGAAUGUCCUGAAAUCACAGGAGGGCAGUGAGUGCAUAGUCUUACGAUGUAUGUGUGUGUGUGUGUGUGUGUGUGUGUGUGUGUGUGUGUGAGAGAGAGAGAAUGAUACAAAAAAAACUUUAAAAACCAAGAUCAGCUGUGAUACUUGAACUUUGUUUUUCUGUAGACAGAUUGUAAUCAGAUUGACAGAAUCCACAAUAUGACUUUAGCUCAGGCCCUGAUUUAGCUUCAAUAAUGGAUUUUUCUCUUUAACUGGAACUUCUUUAUUCUCAUGAGUCAGCAUUUCUACUGAAAUGUGAGAGAUAAAGUGGGCUACCAGAUUGAUAUCACUGCAUGAAGUUGUAUUAAGAUUACUGGAAAAAGUUAUGUAAUAUACUCUGCUGUGUCUACAGUGUUUAGGUUAUUACUGGGGUGGGAAAGGUGCUGGAGUAUUACGACUUUAGGUUUAAUAAUAAUAAUGACAAAAUCAAAAUGCUGUCUUCUGAAAACUGAGAAUUAAGGUAUAAACUUCUGACUUUGUCUUUAAUUGCUGUACAGAUAAAAUUAUUUUUUGUCCUUGUCUUUAUGUUCAAAUUUCCAAAAACAUGCUUCAGUAUAAACUUCUGCCCUUUCAUUCAUUCAUGCAUUUUUAACUGUUAAAGCUGCACUCUAAUCUACAUCCUGUCACCGCCUAUCUCAUUUUUUUUUGGGGGGGGGGGGGCAAAGCAAAUCCAAAAUGGAUUAAAUUUCAUGUUAUAAUCUGAUUUAUUUUUAAGGGUUUUGAGAUAUGCUGCUAAUUUUGACAUUCCUGGGCCUUAAUGCAGUGUAGGAAUGGUGUGGCUUUGUGUCAUGAGCUCCAUUGUUCUGGCCAUAGUCUCCAGUAGAUUUUCUUGAAUUGAGUUUGGUCAAAUAUGUGUAAAAGCUCUAAUGUGACACUAUUGAUACUUCAAACUGCUUUUCAUUAUGGCCAUUACACUCAGCUCCUACAAUCUUUUGCAUUUGGUUCUCAGACUCUUGGACUUCAUUUUUGUUGCAUAGAUCUAACAAUACCACUUGUCUUGUCUUGGUUAUGUACUGCAGGAUACUGACAGCAGUACAUGGCACUCUUAUCAAUAUAGUCAAGUUAUAAACUUGAUCCUAUAAAUUAUGUAUUAAAAAAAUGUAUAUUUUAUUACUACCACAGAGGACUGAAUCAAGCCCUCUACUUCAGAGGGAGCACAGAACGGGCGCUCUGAACCACUGGAAAACUGAAAUCUCUCUACAACUGCUGCAGCUGUACUGCUUGUCAAGUCAAUAAACCUUUUUGAACUGUU